AUGGUUAUGAUCUCAAGCUACAGGAUUCGCGCGCGCUUGAGCCGCCGUUCUACACUCAGAAGUCGGUAUAAACCAGGAAUGCCGACCAGGAUUGACGAUCCUUACAAUUUCCUCAAAACCUUCUUUGGCUACUGCUCAGUUUUUCACGGCCGGCUCUAA